AUGGGCCUAAUAGAAGUAAACCCGCUACCUUAUCCAAGACUUGAAUAUCUCCCAACAACUAUUUUCGGUACAGCCAAUACCUACCAUGCCCUGGGCUUGAAUCAAAACAAUGGGGACGGGGUAGCAAGGCUUCAAUUGCCAUCAAGUUUAUCAGACGGCGAGAUCACCGAGGCCUGGUUUUUCGGAAAUCGAAAGGAUCUCGAUGGAACUCAUUCUAAGAAUGGGCUGUCCCUCUGGCCGUUACAAUGGCUUCUUUCUGAGGGCAGAACAAAGGGUCUCGUGUUAAACUCGGACUAUUUACCUGCAGAUUCGGCCGGCUCGGAAAAUCUAAAUGUCGCAGAGAAAUCCUUACUUGAAGGAGAUCAAUAUCCCUUUUGGUUUUCCAACAGCGUAGGGCUCAAUAUCUGGGACAUAUCUUCGGUUUUCACAGUAGAAAAACAUCAGCUUGAAUUUGAGGAAAGCUGGAUAGCGUCCGUGAAUCCUUUCAGCUCGAGGCGUCAAGUUUUCAACGAUAACAAUGACACGCUGUGUGACUAUGAAGUUGAUUGUAGAAAGAUCAUACCGGCACUGCGACUACAAGAAACGAUCAUCCAUCCUUCCGUUUUCUACCACAAGGAUCAAUUCUCAAAGACCAAAAACUGGUAUUGCUAUCACGAACAAAUAGAUUCUUUCCGCAGUACUCAGGUUGACGGGGACCGGUCUCGAUGCUUCUGGGUCUCGAAGAAAAUUCUGCCGCAUAAAUUUAGAAUAUUGGUAUGCGGAAACACAGGUGUGGGCAAGUCGACACUUAUCAACAGCGUAUUCCACAUUGAAGAAGCCAAAGUUAGCUUCGAAGAUCAAACAAGCCACGAUAUCGAAAAGGAGAUAGUUGUUGACCAGGUCGAUGGGAAAGAUUCAGUUAUCAUUCAUGAUUCAAAUGGGUUUGAAACCGGGAACAUUGACAAAAACAGACAAGCAGAGGAUUUUAUUCAGAAGCGCUGCUAUAAGUCCCACGGACUGAAAGCAGACGAAUACAUCCAUUGCAUUUGGUACUGCAUCCCUGCCGAAAAUUCGAGAAGCGCAGAUGCGUCAAUAAAAUAUAUAUUUUCAAAAUGUUUCCAAGAUUGGAAAAUCCCGUUGGUUAUUGUUUACACCAAAUCGGUACAACACGAAGGGGGCAUGAAGCAGAACAUCAAGGAGGAGUAUAAAGCAAAACACGGCAAAAAGAUCCCCAAGGAUAUACUUCCAAGUGAACUCGAUGCAGAGAGGUUAAGAUAUCGAUCACAGCAGAAUGGAUGGAUUACCGAACUCCAUAAAGCUUCCUUGGGGAGCACAAAUUUGAGCGAUGAAGAGGUGAUAGAGCGUAGUAAAUACGCAUUUCGGAUCGCGUGGACUGACAAGAACGACCCGGAGAGCCUCAAGAAGCUUAUUCAGGAAACCUACGAUAUCGUCGGCCCAACUGUAGGGCGUAUAUUCGCCCAAGCACAGAUAGUUUCGUAUGACCUCAAAUGCAGGAGGGCCAUAGAAGACGGUGUCAAAGCCAUCGAAGGAAAAGAUUUCUUUCGAACUUUUAGUCGCCAAUUCUAUAGGGCUAAGCAACUCGGCGACAUGGGGAAGGAGAUACUAAGGACUUUCGCAUGGGACUUGAAUACCGAGGAGGUAUGUAGUAUUAUAGAUAUUCAUGGAGAUGCGAUCACCGGACGCAAGUACUUCAUUGCUUCGGGGGUUGGAGUGACUGGUAGUGGUUUAGCCGCCGCCGCCGCCAUUACUAUAGAGACUGUCUUGGUGGAAGAGGCAGCGGUUGGGCUUGCUUCUGCCACACUUGGGGCCGCAGCCCUCGGUAUCUUUUCCGCCGUCGGAAGUGGCAUUGCUCUUUGGGCACUGAAGAGGCAUCAGAUUUCUACCUGGACCAAGUUUUUAUGUUGCUUUACAAUAGUAACCUAUAAAGCGAUGGUCCAGGCAGUAAAGCAAGGGCGAAAGCGCAUGACGGCACAAGAUUUCGAGGCACAAAAGUUUACUGACAAGGAAUACACGGAUAUCGCAGACGAAAUCGACAAAUUUGUGACCAUGAAAAGCUGUAUGGUUUUUGAUUACCCCAGACUCACAAGGAAAGCCAUGUCAGUGGUGGGAAAGUAUACAUUUUAUCAGAAGGCCCCCACUAGUGCCUAG